AGUUUGAGCGGAACUGAAAAUGCAGCCUCCACCUAGAAAGGUGAAGGAAACGCAGGAAGUGAAACUGGCUUUCUCGGAGCAGUUGGUCCGUCUUCAGAGCAAGCAGCAACAGGAGAGUGAGCUUCUAGAGGACAUUAGGUCCUUUAGUAAGCAACGAGCUUCUAUUGACAGAGAGUAUGGUCAGGCUCUGCAGAGGCUUGCCAUGCAGUACCAGAAGAAAGAUUGGCACAGGGGCAAGGGGGACCCACAGAACUCACGCUGGAGUGUGUUUGCAGUGUGGAGGUCUCUGAUUGAUGCCACAUCACAGAGUGGAGCGUUGCGCAUCAGUGCCGCUGAGAGCUACCGCUCACUCGCUGCUGAUCCUCUAAAGACUGCGCGGGCUGCUAAGGAACAGCGGGCCAAGAAGGGUUUGGAGCAGCUGCAGAAGGUUCAGGCGGAGGUGGUGGAUGCUCUGAGGGAGCUGCAUAAAGUGAAGAAGAGAUACUACCAGCUCAGUCACAUCGCCAGCGUUGCCCGGGAGAAAGCUGCUGAUGCUCAGGCCAAAUCCAGAAAAGGUGACCAUGGAAUUUUCCACUUCAGAUCAGGUGUGCAAAAGAUGACUCAGCUGAAUGCUCGCUUGGCAGAAUGUGAAGACCGACUCACUGAGGUGCGUAACGAGUACCUGCUGGCUCUCUCUGCCGUCAACGCCCAUCACCAAUACUACCACUCAGCAGAGCUGCCAGUCAUUAUGAAGACUAUGGAUGGCGAUCUGUAUGAUCUGCUUCGAGAACACUUCACCCUCUUGUGUCGUACAGAAAUGGAUACAUGUCAGUAUAUGCAGAGUGAGUUUGGCAGCAUAUCAGAGGACUCCAGCAAGGUAACCAGAGAACACAACGUCCAGCUUUUCCUGCAGGAAUGUCCGGCCUUCACCAACACAUCCACUUUUCAUUUCCAGAUGUCUCCAGAUGACAGGGUAUGAUUUAUACCGGAGGUCAUCAGUUCCGAUGGGGAGAGCUCCUUGGACAAAGAGGCACGAAAGUGGUCUACAAAGGCAGCCAAGGACUACAAAAUCAUCAGUCAUGGACAAAGGGCCCUUGAGACACUAGAGAGACGCUUUAAGCUCCUGUCUGAAGAAACAAGCGUGGGAGUUGAAGAGAAAAUUUUGGAGGUUAAAGAGAGCAUGAGGAAAGCCCAGGUUAGCCGACUGAAGGCUGAGUCUCGACUUGCCCUGCUGGCUUCGGCUGGUGUUGAUGUGGAGCCCUGGGUUAACAGUGCUAUGGCUCAGGCCAAUGAGGAGCUGGAGAGGGAGAGAAGGCUCAGUGAAGCCCGAAUGUCCAAUGGGGAUUUUCAGGAAGAUGAGUUUGAGUUCACAGAUUUUGAGGACUCUGAAGACGGGGACAUUUUUACCGACUCCAGCUCAUGCCAGGGUCAGUGCAGAUAUCCUCUGCCAUGCCGAGUGCUUUAUAACUAUCAGGGUUGCCAAGCUGAUGAGUUGUCUAUUACUGAGGGGGAGGAGCUGCAGGUGAUAGAGGAUGGUGACAUGGAAGACUGGUUAAAGGCUUGCAAUGGUGCAGGACAGGUUGGCUAUGUCCCUGAGAGAUAUGUUCAGUUCCUCUGGUCACCAGCAGAGGACAGCAUUGCCUUUUUUGAGCGUGGAAGCACCCAACUUGAUUGGUCCCUGAACAGUUCUGGUUCCUCGUUUGGGCUGUCAAAGAUGGAACAGGAGCAGGAGCGAACUCCUCGGUUUGAAGGAAUGGCCAGAGCCCUGUAUGAAUACAGAGGACAGAGUGCAGAGGAGCUGUCUUUUCCAGAGGGUGCGCUCAUUAGACUGCUGCGCUGUCGCCAUGGUGAGGUGGAUGAUGGGUUUUGGGAGGGAGAGCUGGAAGGCCGUGUAGGUGUCUUUCCCUCUCUUGUGGUUGAAGUUCUCAAAGAGGAUGAAGAAGAGGGGGAGGGAGAGCAAGAAGAAGUGAGUGGGCCGGGAUCCUGCUCUGCCCACAGUACACCCCCUAGAGACCCCGAGGAGAGACUGCAGGCACUGCCACCAGACAUGGGAAAACUAACAGAGGGCAGGACAGGCGAGGGCAGCUCCCCCUCCACCCAGGCACUCUCCCAUGUCCUGAAGACCUUUUUGUGUUUUACCAUUUUUGACAAUUUUCACCUGCUGGACCGCAGUAACACCUCCCACUCAAACUAG